GGUUUAGCCCAUUAAUAUUGUUAAUCAUAGUUCAGCAGUUUCUAUGUACGCAGUUAAGCUUUCUAAUCGAAUAUUUUUCAUUUUGUUUGGUUUUGCCGAAAAAAAAAACAAAGAGGAGCAUCGCUUUGGCUUCUCGAACAUUCCUCUCAGGCUCGUUGAGUGUUGACUCUUUUUGAGAGUCAAAGCUAAGUCCAUAGAACAACAUGGGUUUUGAUAACGAGUGCAUAUUGAACAUUCAAUCUCUGGCUGGAGAGUACUUCUGUCCUGUUUGUCGUCUACUUGUUUACCCAAAUGAAGCUUUACAGUCACAGUGCACUCAUCUGUACUGUAAACUGUGUUUGACAUACAUUGUUAGCACUACCCAAGCUUGCCCUUAUGAUGGCUAUUUAGUUACCGAAGCAGAUUCCAAGCCACUUGUAGAAUCAAAUAAAACACUUGCCGAAACAAUUGGCAAGGUAACCGUUCAUUGUCUAUACCAUAGGAGUGGAUGCACGUGGCAGGGUCCACUAUCUGAGUGCACAUCACAUUGUUCUAGCUGUGCCUUCGGAAAUUCACCUGUUGUAUGCAAUAGAUGUGGGAUUCAGAUUGUUCAUCGCCAAGUACAGGAUCAUGCUCAAAUUUGUCCUGGUGUGCAGCCUCACACACAACAAGCAGAUGGUGUUCAGGAUGCUCCGGCAACAGGUACAUCAGGUACAACUGAACAGGCCCAGGCUGCCCCUCAGGCGGGGGCGACCACUUCUCUGGUCCAGACCCAAACAACUGCCAUCCCUCCAACUGGAAAAGAUCCUGGCCAACAAGUAAACUCAAAUUCUCAGGCCCAAGCUGUUGUUCAGGCUGUGGUUCCUUCUGCAGAACAAUGGUAUCAACAACAACAACAAUAUCAACAAUACUACCAGCAGUAUUCUGGUUACAACUUAUAUCAGCAGCAUUAUCAACAGUACUACCCGUAUCAACAACAAGCAGUUCCACAAUAUCAGCACCAGCCAUUGCAGGGUCAACCUCAGGGGUUUGUACAGCCACAACCACAGUCCCAACCUCAACUGCAUAUGCAGCCUCAACCUCAGGCUCAACCCCAAGCUCAGCCCCAGCCACAACUUCAGCCCGCACAACCACCUCCUCAGGCACCUGUGGUCACUCAACCUCAGAGUCUGACACAAGUCAGUGCACAGCAGCAAACUCAUCCACUUCCACAGGCCCAGCCAGUCUCUCAGACUCAAUCUUAUCCGCAAGUUCAAGCUCAUUCUUAUACCCAAGCUCAGGGACAUCCACAACCUCAGGCCAUUCAGGCUAAUCUUCCAACUAUGCAAAUGCCCCAGUAUCAACAACCUCUUUCUCAGAUGCAAAAUAAGCAACCCCAAAUUCAGCAUCCGAUUCCUCAACCGCAACUUCAAUCUCAAACUCAGCAACAAACCCAGUCCCAGUCCCACACUCAUUCUCAACUCAACCCCGCAUUGCCCAACCAGACUCAGACUCAGCAUACUUCAGCCAGUGCAGUAACAGGCCAUCACUCAUACCCGCAGCCGCAGCCGCAUCAGCUAAUGCCAAUGGGUGGCCCACAGCAACAUCCCAUGCUUCAGCAUCCACAUAGUGGAUCUUAUCCGCAAAUACAAAAUCAUUAUUCUCAACAAACUCCCCAGAUGCGCCCACCCCAACCUAAUGCUACAAUUCCAAAUCAGCAGCAGUCAAUGUUGUUACCUUUGCCAGGUCAAGUCCCAAACAUUCCUCCGGCACAACAGCAACCAGUUUAUCCUCAUGCUCAUCAGCCAGGAGUUCCAGGGCAUCAGCGCUCUUUUGUUCAGCCAAUGCAACAACCAAUUCCUCAACUGUAUGGUCAGCCACAGCCGCCUUUUACAGGACAAUAUCAGCAGGCGCCUUUUGCACAGCAACAUCCAUCUGUGCAAUCCCAGUUGCGUCCACAGGGUCCUCCUAUAUCAUUCCAGCAGCAUUCUCAUCCCUAUUCACAGCCACGGUCAAAUGUUGCACUAUUGCACGGUAUACAACCCCAUCAGUCCCAAAAUAUUGUGGGACGGCCUAUGAAUCCUAAUCAUGGAGCACAAUCUCAGCCGUAUCAACAAUCUGCAGCUGGUCUCCAAGGUAGAGCUGUUCAAUAUGGUUCAAACCAACCAUUUUCAAAUCAGAUUAGCAUGCUUGGGAGCAACAACCAAAUGCAAGUGUCUUCUCAAAAACAGUCUGCGAGAACAGCAGAACAAACAAUGUCUGAGAAGCAAGAGAUUGCUGAGAAAUGUGUAGAUGAGAAAAAAGUUGAACCAUCCUUUCAGAAAACUGCUAAAUCUGAUGGAAAUACAUUGGAUGUGACAUCUGGUUCUCAAGCUGAUGCAGUAGGUAUGAAGCUCUCCAAAUCUGAAAGUGAUGUAAAGUUCAUGGUUGAUGAGGUCAAAGCUGAAGCUGAAGUUAAAAUUAAUCCAGUUGAUACUUCUGGUAAGGAGUUUGUUACAGAUCUGGAGUCAGGUGCAUUAGGAAAUGCAGAGCCUGGAAUUAAGCAGGUGGUGAAGGAAGAGAUCGUAGAAAAUGUCGAGGACCAUAAAGAUUCAACGAAUGUUGACUGCAAACAAGUGGGGCAUUCUUUGUUGGAAGAAAAGAAAAUUCAGAAUGGUUCUCUACAUAAAAGUUCUCCAUUGCAUGUAGAUUCACAAUGUGGAGAAGAGAGUGAGGAGCUGCAGAAAGGCAAAAAUAUGCUUCAAGGUCCUGCAUUAGUACCUCUUGGUGGUCAGAUGCAAUCUGGAGGUUCUGUGCAGUCCCCAUCAACACAUAAUGGGUCCUCAACUCUUCAACAAGGGCCCACUGCACCUUCGAUGUCCCAAGCGCCACAUUCAGGACCAUUACAUCACACACAGGGCCUGGGGAACACUCAUACACAAUUUAGGCCGCAGGGCUCUAGUUAUGUACCACAUCCAGGACAAUCUUUAAUGCCUGCUGAUAAUUCCCAGCCACCUAUGUUCAAGUCUCAUGGUCCUGAAAUACCUCCAGUUGGCAUUUCAGGCUCAGGUGCUGCAGCAACCAUUGGAAGGGGACCGGGUCAUCAUGGUCCUCCCCUUCAUAGCUUAGAACCUCUGACAGCACCUCAUGGUCCUUAUAAUCAAGGUCAUCUGCCCCCUUCCCAUUUUGGGGUUCCCAGAAUAUCACAAGGUAAUGCUGUUGGAUUGCAGCCACUGCAGCCAGUACCACCUGGUGCAUAUGACUCACAAGGACCACAAUAUGGCCCUGAAGGUCAAAGGCGUGGCUACUUGGAUGGAAGACGCCCUGAUUCUCAUCUACUGGGCUCACUAGAACGGAGUCCUUUUGGGCAACCUUUUGGUUUACAGUCUAAUACAAUGAGAAUGAUUGGCACCUCAGGCCUUGAGUUUCCAGAUGAAAGAUUUAAGCCUUUUCCAGGUGAACAUUUGAAUCCAUUCCCAACAGAUUCAGCUCAAGGGGUAAUUGAUCGUGUAGAGCUUGAAGAAGAUCUAAAGAAAUUUCCUAGACCUUCUCAUUCGGAUAUUGAGCCUGUUGCAAAACUUGGUGGUCGCUUUCCAUCAUCUAGGCCUCUAGAUAGGGGUCCUCAUGGUUUUGGUAUUGAUGUGGGAGCAAGGCCAUAUGAUAGAGGAUUGAACCAUGAUAUUGGGUGGAAAUUGGAUCAUGUGUCUGGCUCUGCUCCAUCAAAAUUUUUGCCCUCCUAUGCUGGAGAAAGACCACCUGAUAUUCAUGAAGAUGCACCACGGAGAUCAGAUUCUGCACGUUCUCAUCUGGAGUUUCUUGGACCAGGACCUGGAUAUGGACGCCGCCAUAUGGAUGGAUUGAGUCCAAGGAGUCCAGUUAGAGAAUAUCCUGGGAUAUCCUCACGUGCAUUUGGAAACAUUCCUGGGAAUUUAGGUGGCAGCCAUGCGAGAUUGGAUGAUAUUGAUGGAAGGGAGUUCCGUCAAUUUGGUGAUCCAAUUGGCAACUCAUUUCAUGAGAGUAGGUUUCCUGCCUUCCCAAGCCAUUUCCGCAGGGGUGAGUUUGAGGGGCCUGGUAGGAGUGGUGAUUUUAUUGGUCGAGAUUUUCUGCCUAACCAUUUACGGAGGGGUGAACACUUAGGUCCUCAUAAUUUAAGGCUGGGGGAAACAGUUGGUCUUGGUGGAUUUCCUGGUCAUGCACAUAUGGCAGACUUGGGUGGGCCAGGAAACUUUCCUCAUCCAAGACUUGGUGAGCCCGGAUUCAGGAGCAGCUUUUCGCAUCAGGGUUUCCCAAGUGAUGGUGGAUUCUAUACGGGCGACAUGGAGCCUUUUGACAACUCAAGAAAACGGAAGGCACCAAGCAUGGGAUGGUGCCGCAUCUGUAAGGUUGAUUGUGAAACAGUGGAUGGUUUGGAUCUGCACUCACAGACAAGGGAGCAUCAAAAGAUGGCUAUGGAUAUGGUUCUGAGCAUCAAGCAGAAUGCUAAGAAACUGAAAUCAACACCUGGUGAUCGUUCAGUACAUGAUGAUGCAAACAAGUCAAGAAAUGCCAAUCUUUAGGGCCAUGGGGAAAAUCAUUAAGGCAUGGUGGAAUGCUCCAAGAUGGAUUUUAUUGGGUGCUUGGCUGACCAGGGUUGAAUUUGUUCUUUUGGUAUUUGCAAUUAGCGAAUAUAGGUGAUUCACCCUUCCAUGCCUCUUUUAUACUUUCAGGGUGGUUUAUGCUAGUCUUGUUAUUUCAGGUUGCUGCCAUGUUAAGGAGAUGGUUUUUGGAACUGAAGUCAGUGGCAGUUAAGUUGUUGGUUUUGAUUUUAAAAUUUUCAUCAUAAAACUGGGUUAGUCUUGUGUUAACAAUAGUAUUUUCCAGUUUAAAGUGAUCUUGCUUAUUAGCUUUGCGUGUGAUACAUACCCGUGAUGUUGAGAUGUCAUUUUGAUAUUUAUUUUAUAACUUUGUCAUUCUUGAA